AUGGCAACUUACUUUGCCAACUCGAACGGCUAUCCUGGUGAAAGCGCAGAGCCUCGGAAGGGAAUCUUUACAGCCGCGCUACUAACUGUGCGUGAAUGUUUGACUUCGGUCAGGGAAUUCCCAGCCCUUGACGCGAAUGGAUUCAUCGGGGACUCUCUCAACAGCUACAAGAUCAUUAUGGCAUUUGAACUGGAUCCGGAGUCGCUGAGGCGGCCGGUAUCGGCCGCUGCUGCGUCGAUGGAGCAACCAGAAUACGAGGCUGAGUGGGAGCGCUCGGAUGAGGAUGCCUUUCUUGUGCAUGCCAUACUCCUCCGUGAGCUCAACGAGAUCCGAGCAGAGGUCCGGAGCCUCUGGAAGAAAUUUGCUCGGGGGCACCUGUCGCUGACCUCUGUCACCAUGGCCACAAACGUGGCGAUCCAGCUUGCUGGUCUCAUGGAAUCCGAGAUGAUGGCCGUACUGCCUACCUUCAGAUUCACCAGCUCGCAUCAUCACGCCUUCGAAAAGGCAAGGAUUGCUGCGGAAAUGGCACUUCCGUUCAACAAGGAUGCGACCCGAGAGCAGAAAAUGGAAAUCCUUUACAGGAUCAAAGACUACUGUCUAAUGCAGACUGUGUUCGGAGGUAUCUCGUUUAUUUUAUCAACCGACGACUGGGUCAAUGAAGAAUUUGACGAAUUGACCGCAGCUUUCAUUCAGCUUUGGCAAUUUAGCGAGCAUGCGCACCCGUUCUCUGCAAGCUUGGCAGGUUCGAUUUACCUCGACAUCAUCAAGCUGUUACGCAAAUUCGAAAUGCUCCAGAAGCCGGCCGAUUGCCUGGUCGCAUUCAGACGAACGUUGCUCGAAUCAGUCUUCUCGGCCGAGGUUUAUGCGUCUGCACUGUUGUGUGGAAAGCAGUUGAUGUACAGACUCAUGCACGGUAUCGAAUUCAUCAAAGCCCAUUCCCAAGUCUGGGACAAGGAGAAUCCAUUCAAAGAGGCACUUGUCAAAGAAGGGAUCUCGGAAGAUAUUCUGAAAGAAAGGCAUCCCUUGUUUGUCGGCACAUGGAUACACCGCACACGGAUGGUUCUCUGCGAUGUUGGCAGCAACUGUGCUAUUGACACGGGAGCACUCGGUUUUGCAGCACGGCUUUACCGGUCGCUUUGUCGAGACAAACUGCUGAGCCCUGUUACCAGAACGAAGCCCGCCAUCUUUGAACGAACAGGAGCGAAAGCGACCGAAGAGACGGAGGACGCCAAUGAUGGUAAUGUCCCUCCAGAGUCCUCGGAACGAAAACCAGGUCAGCAGAAGGCUACGGGAGACGGACCCAGCCAUGUAUCAAAGAGCAAAGACCACCAGAAACAGGGGCAGGAGUCGGGUCAGAAGGAAGAGACGGAUCAAACCGCAACAAAUAACCAACAUGACCGUGACCCGCAAGCAACACCGACGGCGCAAUACCAGGACUCGGAAAAACCAACGCGAAUCGGUUACCUCAGUCGGCUUUUCGGACCAAAGUGUAUCUUUGGAGUGAACGGGCCGCAUGGUCCGGUUCCUGACGAGCUGGUAUGGGCAAUUACGAGGAGGGGCAGAUAUGCCAUGAAUCUGGUUGAUAGAGAUACCCAGGCGAUCGUGAAGGGCCAGGAAACUGACCAAUCUGGAGGUGUGAGCCAAGCAAGAAACAUCAAGGACAUCCUUGCCAUGGACGCUGCUCUCGAUCCAUGCACCGUAUCGUUUCUCAUUACACAUCUCGCCUAUGGCUUGCACGAUGAAUUGCCCGAAACGAGCUUCGAUUACCUUGCUUUGGACAUGUCAGCCCUGGAGGUCAUCCGCAAAAUCGCAGACAGACAACCAUCUCAGCACAACGUGCAAUUGGUUGACGAGUUGGCAGAGUGCCUCGGGCGACUUGCUCUCAACGGGCCGUCUCGAGAGGUCAUUAGCGCCUUUCUAGGCAAAAAAGCAGAAAAUCCAAAACAAUGCAUCGAUGGAACAGAAGAUGGCUCCAGGCCACUAGAAUCAGGCACAGAUAUGAACUUGCCAAAACUUGCGGCCGAGGAGAUUUUGCGAUGGACGAAAAAUGAACCCAGGCCGUGUUGCAUUGCAUCGAAGCGAUUAGGCGAGCUUGGAACAGUGAUCUGCAUGGACCAUUGCUGCUCCAGUGGAUGGGCUGCCCAAAUCAAGACUCCCAAUGUUACUGUGGUACAGAAGCACGACGAAGAAAUACCCCAGGCGUCAAAAAUCGAGGAGCAGCCAAAUGGAAAAGAGGAGGGAAACGAAGAGAUAUGUGCGAAAGUUUCUGGGGGUCAGCCCAGUUCCAAAUGA